UUAUGUCAAGUUCUUAGUCUAUAGUAUUUAGUGAUUCAGAUUACGAGAGAUCUCCUAUAAAAAAGGUGAAUAGUGGAAAAGAAAAAGAGUCUGGGCAAAUAAAUAUGUAAUUUAAAUAAGAUAAUAAAAUAGUGUUUCACCUAAAGUUCAGGAGGCAAAUCCAAAAGUACAGGAAGCAAAUCCAAAAGUUCAAGAUACUCUUACAGCUAGAGAAUAUUAUAAUUAAUAACCAAAGAAUACAGAAACCCAUCGAAGAAUAAGUAGCUUAUAUUAUCUAAGAAACUUUUAAAAUUGGGUUAAAGCUGUUUUAAUAAAUGAAUAUAGUUCAGCACUUAAGCAAAACUUUGCUGAUAAAAGAAAUGUAAUCAAAAUAAGCAUAAUACAAGUUAUUAAAUGUUUUCGAGAUGGGUUGUGGUAAGGGUGGCGAUAUGUAAAAAUGGAGCAAGGCAGGGACUGGACUUUGGUUUGGAAUCGAUAUAUCAGGUGAAAGUUUGAAGGAAGCAGAAAGGAGACAUAAAACUUAAAAAGAAGAUAAGAAAAAAUAAAUUUAAAAAAUAUAUUUGAUGGAAACAAAAGCAGAUUUAGAUUCUACUUUGUUUAGAUCCAGACUACCAUAGGAUUUAUAUUUCGACUUUGUUAGUAUGUAAUUUAUGGCAAACUUGUUAUUUUCUUCUGAAUAAGCUGUUGAAAAUAUGUUUGAAGUAUUUUAAACUUUUAUAAUUUUUAGAAUAUUACAUGUAGAUUGACAAAUUAAGGAAUUGUAUUAAUGACAAUAACUGAUGCAAAUGUUUUAGUUAAAAAAAUGAGAGAAUUUACAGUAAAAGACUAUGAAGGUAAUUAUGUAUAUUCAAAAAACCAAUAUUUCUCAUUAAAAUUUAAGAAUCUUUAAUUCCCUAAAAAUAAACCAUUUGGUUAAUAAUACUAUUUUUAUUUGGAAGAUUCAGUUGGAUUUAAAGAAGAUAAUUAAAUUAAAUAUGUACCAGAAUAUUUAAUCGAAUUAUAAGCAUUUGAAUAGAAGGCUAAAGAAUAUAAUCUGGAAAUCAUUGAAAAUUUGAAUUUUAUUGACUUCUUUGAAAAAUAUAAAUAAAAACACUCUAAUUUACUCAAAAUUAUGGUGAAACCUCCAAGUGAUGAUUGGUAUUUCUUUAUAUAAUUUUAAGGAAAAUGCCAUUAGAUUAAUGGGAAAUAGCGCACCUUUAUAGAGUAGUAGUUUUGAGACAUUUGAAAGGUCAAGCAUAAUCGAAAAUUAGAAGACAUCCUCAUUUAACUGAAUUGCCUGAUACUGUACUUGAAUUAGAGAAUGAAUGA